UAUACUCUGUUCAAGCCCGAACACCAUAGACGAGAGUCCCGAGGGAGCAGCACGAUGACCAAGCUCGCGGCUAUCCUGGUGGUCGCCACGUUGCUCGAGUUGGCAUCGGCAGGAGGACACCAUGGCGGACACGACCAUGUGGUCAUCCACGUACCCUACAAGAUCAAGACCAUCCACCAUACGCACACCAUAACGAAGCACAUCCACCAUGGCGGCGGAGGUGGCGACAAGUACGAGGUCCUUGGAUAUACCGUGGGACACCCGAUCGAUUUAGGUCACGGCGGAGGAUUCGGAGGUGGUCACGAUCUAGGAGGCGGCGGUGGCCAUGACUUCGGAGGCGGUGGCGACUUUGGCGGUGGUGGUGGAGGUGGCGGCCACAUCGAAUACAGCGGCGGCGGUGGCGGAGGCGGCGGCCACAUCGAAUACGGCGGCGGCGGUGACAUAGGUGGAGGCGGUUUCGGUGGCGGCGGAUACGGAGGCGGUGGCCACGAAGACUGGGGUGGCCAUUAA